GCCCGGCCCUGCCCAGCCCAGCCCGGCCGGGAAGCAGUAGCUGCGGCAGUGAGCGGUGCCCCCUGCCAUCCGUUGCCGGACCACGGGAGCCUCGCUGCGGGUCAGAAACAGGACUCGGCGUGAAGGAAGGAAGAAGGGAGAGAGGGGAAGCGCGCGCCCGCCCGCUUGCCCUACGCCGCGCUGCUUCCGCGGAGGACUGCGCGGGCGAUCCGCGAGACGGAGGCUGUCCCAGACCAGCCCGACAUGGCGAUCGCAAGGCAAGUGUUUUGUCUCUCUGCUUUCCUGUCCCUGGUGCACGGUCGUUCUGAGCUCCUGCGCUACUCCGUAGCCGAGGAGGGGGAGAGCGGCUCGGUGGUAGGCAACGUGGCGGAGGACGCGGGGCUGGCCCCGGCGCAGCUCUCGGCUCGCCGCGCCCGCCUGGCCUCGGAGGACGGCCGGCAGCACUUUCGCUUAGAGCGCGGCACCGGCCGCCUGCUCGUGGCGGAGAGGCUGGACCGGGAGGAGCUGUGCGGGCAGGCCGCUACCUGCACGCUGCCCUUCGAGCUGGUGCUGGCCAACCCCCUGCAGUUCUUGCGGGUUGAGGUGACCGUGGAGGACAUUAAUGACCAUGCGCCCGUUUUCCCGGAGGAACAAGUCACUUUUAAGAUCCUGGAAACGAGCAACCCGGGGUCGCGUUUCCCGCUGGAGGGAGCUCGGGACCUGGAUGUUGGCAGCAACAGCAUCCAGGCUUACAGCAUAACUCCUGAGAAUGGGUACUUUAGUGUGUCCUUUGGGACUCGGAUUAAGGGCAAGAAAUAUGUUGAAUUGGUCCUGGAAAAGCUGCUAGACAGAGAGGAGCAGUCGGAGAUGGGUUUCAGUCUCACUGCCAUGGACGGGGGAUCUCCACCCAGGAGUGGAACCACCCAAAUCCGCAUUAUUGUUCUGGAUGUAAAUGACAAUUCUCCCAUCUUUGCCCAGGAUCUCUAUGUUGGGCAGGUUUUGGAAAGUGCACCAGAAGGCUCUGUUGUUCUCAGCGUGUUGGCGACUGAUCUGGAUGCAGGACCUAAUGGGGACAUCUCCUAUCAGUUCAGCCAAGCAGUGAGCCAGAGUGACUCAGCAUUUGUCAUUGACCCUUUCAGUGGUGAAAUUAAACUCACAAAGCCUCUGGACUUUGAGACAGCAGAGAAUCAUGAGCUCAGUGUACGAGCCACAGAUGGUGGUGGCCUCUCAGCAAUCUGCAAGGUGUUGGUGGAGGUGGUGGAUGUGAAUGACAAUGCACCAGAGUUAGUGGUCAAUUCCUUCAGCAGCCCCCUCCCUGAGAAUGCAUUACCUGGGACAGUGGUCGCCCUCUUUAAUGUCAAGGAUAGAGAUUCUGGAGCCAAUGGGAAGGUGUCCUGUGCCCUUGAGGACCAGCUGUCAUUCUCCCUGCGACCAGCGUAUAAGAAUUACUAUGAGCUGGUGACCGUGAGCAUGUUGGACCGGGAAGAGACUGCACAGUACAUUCUCAGUGUCACAGCAGCAGAUGCGGGGUCACCUCCACUCACAACCACCCAGACCUUCACCGUGGACAUCUCUGAUGUGAAUGACAAUGCUCCUGUCUUCAACCAGACAUCGUACACCGUGUACGUGCGUGAGAAUAAUGUCCCCACAGUGCUUCUUGGAGCUGUCAGCGCUGCAGAUGUUGACACAGGGUCAAAUGCCAAGAUAACCUAUUCCCUGGUACCAGCCCACCCCACAGAGCAGCCUCCCUGCUCCUGCAUCUCUGUGAACUCUGAGAAUGGGGAUGUGUUUGUGUUGCGGCCUCUGGACUAUGAGGAGGUGAAGCAGAUUGAUGUCUUAGUGCGUGCCUCUGAUGCUGGGUCUCCUGCCCUCAGUUCCAAUGUCACUGUCCGCCUUGUUGUAGUGGAUGAGAAUGACAAUGCGCCACUGGUGCUGUACCCCUCACAGGACAGCAGCCCUCUCUCCAGUGAGCUGGUGCCCAUGUCAGCUGAAGCAGGGUACCUUGUCACUAAAGUGGUGGCUGUUGAUGCCGACUCGGGACAGAACUCAUGGCUCUCAUACCACCUGCUGAGGGCCACUGACCCUGGACUGUUUGUGGUGGGUGCCCAAAGUGGGGAAGUGCAGCUGAGGAGGCCCGUGACAGAAAGAGACCCCACGAGGCAGAAACUUGUUGUUCUGGUGCGAGACAAUGGGCAGCCACCUCUGUCAGCCACAGCAUCACUGAGUGCACUUCUGCUCCAUGACUUCUCAGAUGUGCGCCUGCCACACAGCAGCCUUGCCAUGGAGGAUGAGGGUGACUCCCUAACAAUGUAUUUAAUCAUUUCAUUGGUCUUUGUUUCACUCCUCUUCCUCGCAUUCAUGGCAGCCUUUGUUCUUCGCAAGAUGUGCAAGAGAAAGGAGUUGAAGGGUACACAUGUGUUUUACGAUGCCGGUAACCUGCAGAGCAGCCUGGCGGAUGCAGCCACUGCAGGCACCCUGCCCCACCCCUAUUGCUAUGAGAUCAGCCUCACAACAGGCUCAGGCAACAGCGAGUUCAAGUUCCUGAAGCCCAUCCUCCCCAGCCUGCCACCACAGCACUGCACCAUGGGCAGGGGAACUGAUGAUGAACAGGAUUUCCCCUGUGGCCCUAUCACCCUGGAGGAUGUGGCUCCAGACAACCCAGGGAUGCUCUCUGUGGAAGAGUUCAAUAGUCUUUCCUUUAAGUAGGUGGAGUCAGCACAGCCAGAGGCCUUGAGCCUUUUGAUAGGAAGGGAUUUGGGCUUCAACAUUUGGCAAUGGUUCCUUCAGAGUAAAUCUGAAUUUCCAAUUGGAAACAAUGUUUCCCCUCAAAUUUUAAGUCUGAUGGAAGCCUGUCUCUUCCUCAGAAAAUCCCUAAAGAAUCUAAAGCCUCAUCAGAGAGGCAAUAGUACGUGUCAGGUCUGUUACAGCCAUUUCUAAAAUACUUCAAGGGUGUGGUUAAUUCCAGGGCACACAGCUAAGUUCUUGUCUCAGGACCCUCUUAUUCUUGCCAUAAGGCAAUGGCACAGUUGGACAGACAAAUCAUCAGCUUGCUGAAAUGUAUGUAGCCCUUCUUCUGGGUCAGGAAAGCAAGGAAAUUGUGAAUAGUGUGUUACACUGCAGUGCAAGCACGAGCCUCUCUGUGCUCUGAGUUCUGGAUGUCUCUGCCUCUGAGACAUAUAGGCUCUGUGUGUUUUGCCUUCUGGUCACUAUAUCUGUCUGUACAGCCAUUGUGUGUCUGCAUAUUCUGCUCUAGUGCUGCCUGUUGAAGCAAGGAGUUGCUCACAGCCACCCAUUUUGAUCUUUGAACUUCCAGAUCAUCAGAGAAGAAAGAUAUCUUGAUCCUUUGAAUACAGCCAUCUCAUCUUCUUUAGGGGGGAGCAGCAACAUGCAUAAUAAAACUUUAAUUUGGCAUAUGAAAGGGAGGUGGGCGAGUGGGCUUUCUCCGUGGGAUUGCCUUGAAAUUACAGCAGCAAAACAAUAUUUGUAUACAGUAUAACUGUGCAGAAUUGUGAAAACACAUUCAUUGUCUUCGAGUGUAUUGCAAGGAAAGUCCACAAGAUGCUACAAAGGACAUUGUCUAAAGGUAGAAUCAAGAUGAACUUGGAAAGAGGCUGUUGAGUUUGGUCUUGUCAUUGUUGUUCCCAACUUCAGAGACUUCUUGGUGGGAGUGGAAAUCUGUCCUGAGAUGAUUUUCUGGGUUUGUGUAGAGCUUUUGCAUUCUUCUAUUUGCCCUUUCUCCUUCUCCUUCUCCUUCUCCUUCUCCUUCUCCUUCUCCUUCUCCUUUGUGAACUGUCUUUGAGCAUUUUAUUACCUAUUCCUCUUAAGGACUGUCACCCCGUGUAUAAUAAUGCAUUGUAUGAAUUAAGGCAGUGUGACACACUAUAUUUGGAAACCCUCGUACUGUCUUGUGCUUCAGUUAUAAACUCUACCGUUGUGAACUAUAAUACAUUAAUGUCUAAAAGUGAAAUAAAAAGAAUGUGCACUUGAGUAGAGAGAG